AGCUGGCCGCAGCUGGACCGCCGCUGUCCGCGCGCACCUCUCCAUCCAGCCAGGACGCGCUCAACGCUCCCCGGUCACAGCCGCUGCCCAGGGGCCCGGAGCCGCCGAUAGGAAGAGCCAGGCCGAGGCGACGCGCACGUCACCAACUUCUUCCCCGUUUCUUAAAAAAAAAGCCCCUUGCCUCUCCCCCGCUUCAUCCGCCAAAAUUCCCCCCCAGGGCGGCUGCGCGGGUUUCCUGUUGUCCCGCAGGUGGUCGGUCUUCUUGGUGACCGCCGUCGCGAUGGUUCUGCUGGCUCUGGCCGUCGCCGUCCCGCUGCUUCUGCUGCGCGCACCCGCCGAGACCUCCGCGCGCUACUACGAGAUGAUGGGCACCUGUCGGAUGGUCUGCGACCCGUACACCCCGAAACCGGGCGGCGCCAGCGCCGUAGAGGUGAUCCAGAACGUGAACGGCGUCGCUCCGCAGCCGCCCAUGGCGCAGGGGAGUCGCGGGGAGCCGGGGAGACCGGGCAAACCCGGAUCCAGGGGCCCGCCGGGAGAGCCCGGACCUCCGGGUCCGAGGGGACCGCCAGGGCUGCGCGGCGACGGCAGACUCGCCCUCCCCGCGGUGACCGGGUCCGCAGGUCCCGAGAACGGAGAGACGGAGGGCGCGAACUCCUCCGCCAACGGAUACCGGAUCGCGUUCUACGUCGGCCUGAAGAACCCGCACGAGGGGUACGAGGUGCUGAAGUUUGACGACGUGAUCACAAACUUGGGGAAACACUACGACGCGAACACCGGGAAGUUCACCUGCCACAUGUCCGGGAUCUACUUCUUCACCUACCAUGUGUUGAUGCGCGGAGGGGACGGGACCAGCAUGUGGGCCGACCUGUGCAAGAACGGACAGGUGCGAGCCAGCGCCAUCGCCCAGGACGCCGACCAGAACUACGACUACGCCAGCAACAGCGCCGUGCUGCACCUGGACUCCGGGGACGAGGUCUACGUCAAGCUGGACGGCGGCAAGGCCCACGGUGGCAACAACAACAAGUACAGCACCUUCUCCGGCUUCAUCCUGUACCCCGACUAGACGGGCAGCGCGGAGCCACCCCGAGAAACUGUUCACAUCCAAAAGCCCCAACAUGUUUUGCCCCCGGUUUGAAGACACGCCUCCCGCCCGCACGCCCCGGCUUCUUAUCUGCGUCCGUAUGUUCCGUUCGUUUAGCGAGAGACCUCCUUUCCGUUCGAUUCGACCCGAGUAUUCGACUCCGCUGCUGUCACCAGAGUACGUAUCUCACUGCCGCAGACCUACAGCAAAACACCCCCUCGAACGUGCCCAGAGCCGAGGACGCAUCAUUCUUAAGUUCCUUUGACACAUUUAUAAAAAUACUGUAAGGGGGAAGCGGCGCGUAGCCCCCCAGAGCCGGCUGCCCACUGUGCGUAUUAAUGGCGCCGGGUAUUCCAGGCUGGAAUGGCAGCAGAGAGAAGGGCGGGAAAAGUAAUAAGAAAAUCAGGAUAUCCAGAGCCAACGUCAGGGAUGAAGAGAACCUCACCCGGCGAGGACAUAAGGCCCGGUCACAACGGUAAUUUAACAUGAGGACAUUUUAUGGCAACUUAGUGUAUUCUUCUGCAGGCUCUUUUUUCAACUUGGUUGAUUCGCACCGCCAGGAAAAUUGUUUCACCAACUGUUUUACUGAAGGGGGGGUGAUUGUUCCCGGUAGUUACAAGGCGGGAGCCAUUUAAUUAAGCAGUGAAUCGUUAGCGACUCAGCAGAUAUUGAAUCUGAAACUAUUUUGAUUUAUUUUGAUUUAGCGACUCAGCUAUCAAGCUUGCAACCGACGGUUGGUUAGCUUGUAGCCACGACUUUUAAAUGAAGGCCCGUGACCUUCUCUUUGACCCCAGGGGACUAUGACACAAAACUACUGUGGCUGUCUACCGCUAGCAUGACCUCAUCCGGCUAGCCUAUUAGCCGUUAGCUUUCCAGCCAGUCAUCGAUCUCCCACAACCAAAUAUUUUCCAGCGGUGUUCGUUUGGUUAAUGAAAUAAGGAUACGUGAAUAAUUGUCAUUCUUUUGUUUUACUUAUUUAUUUAUUAUCCGCCCGCACGUAAGCGCAUCGUCGGCAUACAUGGCAAAAUGGCGGCAACGUCUUAAACUGGAGCACCUGGAUACUGGAUAAGCCCGACCGGAUAUAGAAGAUGCCAUCGGACGAAACGGUCCUACGAGGCCGGAGGGGCGCUUUCCAAACCGCGCCAGACGAGUCGUGUUCGGUGUUUCACUAAAUAACCCAGUAACCACAAGUGAACGAUAGAAAGUGUCUCGCAUCAAUAUCAAAUCGGUUCAAUUUAGUUAUCAGGUAUGCCAAUAAAUAUUGUUUGACAAAAUGUUG